CAACAACAUUCAUUUCUUGGACAUUCAAAGCAUCGUAAGUCAAUCAAUAGUCAUUUUUCAAAUGAUCAGAAAUUUUUCCAAUUAUCUGACAAGAUUAGUUUUCUGAACAUCAUGCAUUUAAGGCUGGCAGAUGGCACAAUCCAAACCAAGAAUACCAGGUACAGCCCAGCACUUUUUAGAGUGUGGCAUUAAAGACUGUGAGAGAAACUGUGAAUAUUACUGCAAUCCUUGCCACCAACAGAUGUGUGAACGAUGUAGAGAUGAACAUCUGAGAAAUCCAAAAACAAAAAACCAUGAAGUGGUCCUUUACCAGCUACGGAAACGACAACUUCCUGUUAAGAAAUGUGAGAUCCACCCCACCAAGGAUAUAGAUCUUCUCUGUGAAGAAUGUAAGAUCCCUUUAUGUUCCAAGUGUACUGCCACUCCAGAACACAGAGGCCAUGCCUUCACUGAUUUAGAGACCAUCUAUGCUGAGAAGUUCUCAUUCUGUCUAGAAGAAAUUACCAAAUCGCGGGAGUAUUUUCUGCCAACAUCACAAGACAUACGAAAAGAAAUUAAAGGAGAUGCCACAGAAAUCAAGAAGGUUAUAGACAACAUAAGAACCUCCAUGAAGGCUGAAGCCGAGUCCCUUAAAAGUCUGGUGGAUAAAGUGCAAACAGAGAACAUGAAGGAGUUAGACCAGAUAGAGCACUCACUGCUUGAAGAUUUAAAAACCCAGGGGAAAACAUUUGAUGAAUACAUCAUUCACCUCAACAACCUAAUAAAGGAGUUCCAGGAUUUCCUCUCCUCACCAGAUCCCACAAAAUUAACUUUGACACUCUCUUUGGUGGAUAUGAAAAUCCAACCAAUACCAGAGACAACAAAACCAGUAACACCAGUAUUUACUGCUGCCCAAUAUGGCAAAGAGGAUGUUGCCAAAUUAUUGGGAAAAAUAAAUAUCCCAAAGACAAAACCAAAAACAAGGAAAAUAAAGCCAAUGGAAGUUUCAUCUACCCUUACACCAAAGAAACCUACAAGUAAACAGUUAAAAUCUGACAAAGAGAAAAAAACACUGUCUCUAUCUUCCUCUGUCACUAAGGUCAGAAAGUUCAAAGUACCAGAUGUUUAUAAUGUAUGUCAUAUGUCACUAGAUCAGUCAGGCAGACUCUGGGUCAGUGAUAAUGCUGGUAACCUUGUCCAAACAGAUCUACAGGGGAAUCAGCUACAGAAGAUAGAAACCAGUGACGGAUAUGGUUACCACACAGUGACACAGGAUGGAGAUCUGAUCUUUACAGACAAAUAUGAUGAUGUCAUCAAUAGGAUAACACAGGAUAACAAUAUCACUGAAUUCAUUAAAACAGGAGAUUGGAUACCAAUCAGCAUACACUCCUCCCACAUCAAUGGGGACUUACUGGUGGGGAUGGAGACAGAUAGAGAGGCUAAAGUCAUCAGGUACAACAAGAUAGGGAAAGAACUACAGAACAUACAAAGGGAUAACAAAGGACAGGAACUGUAUAGUAAUCAACAAUACAUAACAGAAAACAUCAAUGGAGAUAUCUGUACAUCAGACAUUGAUAAAAAGGCGGUAGUGGUGGUGAAUAAAUCAGGACAACACAGAUUCUCCUACACAGAUCAGGAGUCAGGGUUCUAUCCCUAUGGAAUCUGUACUGAUGUCCUCGGUCACAUACUGGUGUGUGAUGAUUACAAAGUUCACAUUCUUGAUCAGGAUGGUCAGUUUUUAUCUCUAAUAAUCACACCAGACACAGGGAUUAAUCCCAACUGUGUAUGUGUGGAUGAUGAGAACAAUAUUUAUAUGGGAGAUUACAAUGCAGAAGUUAUAGUUUACAAGUAUCUUCAGUGAUUUGUAUUCUUAAAUCUAACAAACUGUGGCUGCGUAUUAUUAUUUAUACUUCAAUUAACAGAAUUAAUUGUACACUUAUCACAGAUUUAAUUUUGCAUACCUUGUGAUGCAACAGAAUAAUCAGAUAUAGGUUUAAGAUUAAUAGAUAACUAAAUGU